GCAAAUAACUACAUUCUAAUUUUUUUCAAUGACAAUAAUCACAAUUCAAACGACAUUAAUGACAUUAAUGUAAUUAACGAUAUCAACAAUAUUGAUAAAAUUAGUAAUGUUGAAAAGGACCUGAUGAACAUUUAUAAUGAUGAAAACUAUUACAUAGUCUCUCCAGAAAAUAGUUUAGCAAAAUACAUUUACACCAAUAAUACUAAUAGCAAUAUCGAUGAUACUACCAACACUACCACUGCUACUAAUGGUGAUAAUGAUGAUGAUGAAAUCUAUAAAAAACAGAUAUAUUAUUUCUUUUACAACAUAUACCUAUAUCUAUCAACACUAAACAACUCAAUCAAAUUUAAUGUAAAUUUUAAUUCAAGUCCAAUUAUGAAUUUUAAUAAUUUACAAAAAAAAAUAAUCAAUUUACUAGAUCUAAAUCAAUUAGAUAGGUUACUAACAAAAAAUUUAAAUCUUUACAACUUCCACAUCAAAUUUUCCAAUGAGUUUUCCAUCACUAACAAUCAUGUAAAUGCCAAUAACGUAAAUAACAAUUUAAUUGCCAAUAGUCUUAAUCUAAAUAACGUUUACAAUCUUCAAAUUGUUCCUGUUUAUUACUACGAUGAUGAUAACCAUUCAAAGGCUUUCUUCAGUAUUCUCAAAAACUUUUUAAAGGUCUUCGAUUUUGUAUUUAAUGUUUGGUAUAUCAAAAUGGGGUUGAGUUAUUUAUAUGAUACCACAAACCUAUUAGAUUAUAAUGAAAUAGAAGACUUUAAAAAUAUUAACCAAAAGAACGUUAACUACGAAUUACUAAAGGGACAAAUCUUUUCCAACUGUUUCAAUCUAGUUACACAAGAAUUUUAUUCACAGACUAGUUACCUCUCUUAUCACGCCCUCCUUAUUGAUCGUGAUGGUACCAUGGUAAACAACUAUCGCUUUUUAUAUUUCAUGAAAUCAUUUUAUGAAGACCAAGUGCUGCCAACGUUUAAUAAAAUAGAAGAUUUAUACUAUUCUAGUCUUAAAGACAAAAUAAUUCCAUACUUCAAUCGUUUCAUGAGUGUAAAUGAAAACAGUGACAAUCCUGAUGACAUGAAUUACAUCUUUCUUUUGGACAACAAGCUCAAAAUUGAUCUGGGUGGCAUUCUGUAAUGGUUUCAGAUAUCGUUUCUCGUUCU